AUGAGUAUUCCAUUAUUAGGACGAUUACAUAUACUAGAUUGGCCAUUAAUAAUUAUGUCAUUCACAUUAGCAUGGUUUGAAUUUAUAAUAUCAAUUAUUACAACUUUAUUACCCGAUAGUUUUAUUGAAUUUUGUACUUUUAUUACUAAACAAUUUUUUAAAUUUACUUCAAAUCCAGUUAAUCUUAUAAUUCAACAAAAGAAGAAAGAUAACUUACCUAAAGAACAAUAUCAACAAGAAUUUAAAUAUGCAUAUAUUAAAACAGAUGAUGCAAUAACUAAAAAACAUUAUGAAUUAAUGAUAAAUUUAUUAAAUGCAGAAAAUGUUGAACAAAUGGUUCAAUUAUUUGGAUAUCAAAUCGAAUCUCAUAUAGUAAGGACAAAAGAUGAUUAUUUAUUAACUAUACAAAGAAUAAAAGGUAAAAAUAGGCCACCAAAUGAUAAAGUUGUAUAUUUACAUCAUGGUUUAUUAAUGAAUAGUGAAAUUUGGGUUACUAUGAUUGAUAAAUAUCAAAAUCUACCAUUUAUAUUAUAUGAUUUAGGUUAUGAUGUUUGGUUGGGGAAUAAUAGAGGUAACAAAUAUUCACAAAAACAUUUAAAUUUCAACUUAAAUUCUACUUCAUUUUGGAAUUUUUCAUUAGAUGAAUUUGCUUUAUUCGAUAUACCAAAUACAAUAGAUUAUAUAUUAGAAAGUACAGGUAAUGAAAAACUUACAUAUAUUGGUUUUAGUCAAGGUUCAGCACAAGCAUUUGCUAGUGUUUCGUUUAAUCAAGAAUUAAAUAAUAAAAUUGAUCAAUUAAUUGCAAUAUCACCAGCAACCACACCACAUGGAUUAUAUUCAAAAUUUUUAGAUGUUUUAUUAAAAUCAUCACCCAAUAUUACUUAUUUAUUAUUUAGUAGGAAAGUGUUGAUGCCUUCAUGUAUAUUUUGGCAAAAAAUAAUGUAUCCUCCAUUAUUUGAUUCAUUAAUAGAUAUAUCAAAUUAUUUGUUAUUUAAUUGGAGAGCUAAAAAUAUAACUAAAUUACAAAAAUUAAGUAGUUAUGCACAUUUAUACUCUACAACUUCAGUUAAAUGUGUUGUUCAUUGGUUUCAAGUAAUGAGUUCAAAAAAUUUUCAAAUGUAUCAUGAUGUAAAUACAACUAGUUUAUCAGGAUUAAAUCCAAUAAGUUAUCCAUUAAAGAAUAUUAAAGUACCAAUACAUUUAAUUUAUGGUACUACUGAUUCAUUAGUUGAUAUAGAUGUAAUGAAAAAUCAAUUACCAUUAGAUUCAACUACUACAUAUCCAGUCGAAAAUCAUGAACAUUUGGAUAAUUUAUGGGGUAAUGAUGUUUACGAAGUUGUAUUUAAACAAGUAUUAAAGUAUUUAAAUGAAGAUGUAGAUAAAGUAUAUUCAAGGUUAUUUAGAGCAAGUAAUGAUGUUAAAUUAAUAGAAGAUAUCAUAAGACCUAACAAUAGUUCUAUAAAUGAAGAAGUAAUAUUAAAUGAUGAUUCAAUAAAUCAAUCAUAUUUAAAACAAGUUAAUGUUGGAGAAAGACAAAAAAUAGAUUCAAACACAUAUAUGGAUUAUGAAAGGAAUCAAACAUUUGGUAGUAAUGUAUUUAUAUAG